AUGUCGUUUGUGGUGAUUCCUCCUCAAUCCAAUGUGGUGUUGCCUUCUUCUUCUUCAUCAUCGGUUGUAACUGGAUCUGCUUCAUCGGAAGGAAUAAAUUCCGAACAUGCUCGUCCUAAUGUUUUGUUUUUAGGAUUUAAUCAAGAUUCAUCAUUGAUCGGAUAUGGAACUGAUCGUGGAUUUAAAAUUAUAUCAUGUCUUUAUGGACAUUACAAGAAUGAGUUUGAUAUAAAAUUUAUCGAUGGAGGAAUUGGCUUUGUUGGAUUUAUGGACGGAAAUCGAGAUUUGGUUGCCUUAGUGGGAGGUGGUUAUAGACCUGCUUUUAACAAGAACAAAAUCAUUUUUUAUAAUUUUAAGGAAAAAAAGGUUGUGAAUGAGUUGUUGUGUGCGAGAUAUGUCAUUUCUGUGAUUUCCAGACAAGAUUUCUUUGUGGCAGUUUCAGAAGAAAUGAUUUUCACCUAUGAUCUUCAAACUCGAAAACAAAUUCAUUCUUGGAAGACCGGAUUCAACACUCGUGGAUUAUGUUCAGUGGUCUAUAAUCAGGAUCAACAACAAUUUCUUUUGGUCUUUCCCGAUGAAAGUGUAGGAUCUGUAAAAUUUGUUCGAAUUUGCUCUCUCUCGCACAAGAUUUUGGAUGAAAAGGUCAUCAACGCUCACGAAUCUUCAAUACGUUGCUUCCAACUGAGUUAUGAUGGUUCAUUGCUUGCGACAGCUUCUGAAAAAGGAACCUUGAUUCGACUAUUUCACACAUCAUCUGGUGAAAAGAAGGAAGAAUUUAGGAGAGGAAAUACAACCUCAGGAAUUUACUCGAUCUGUUUCAGUCAUGACAACAACUAUGUUGCCUGCGUUUCAUCCAAUGGAACUCUGCAUGUCUUUGUGGUCGAUUUGGAGUCUUGGAAAAACAGUCGAAAAAUCACAAGUAACUCUUGGUCUGACUGGUUCAAUAACUUGUACAAGGCAGAAGCCUCUUCAGUUUUUAAACAACGAAAUAUUGAUGGAGUUGCUAUUUGCUCAUUUGAUUCCAAUGAUGAAUCAGUAAUACUGUGUACAGAUAAGGGAGUUUACAUGAACCUUAAAUUUGAUUGGAGUUGUAGCUCUGGGACACUAAAUGAGGAACCUGUUGAACAUCAAAUGGCAAAUAUUGAUUGA